ACUUUUCUCCGGGCGCGACUCCAGCGGCGGCCGCCCCCGCGCAUGGGCGCUGCGCCGUAGGGGGCCUGACCCCCGCCGCUGGGACCGCGCGCCCCCAGCCCCGCGCCAUGGCGGCCCGCGCGCCCCCCGCCGCACCUGCGGCCGAGGAGCCGGGGAGCCCCGGCGGUCCCCCGCGCAGGAAGAAGUCCCGCUCCGGCCUCCGCCGCGCCUUCAGCUGGCUGCGGGGCAAACGGCGCAAGAAGAAGGCGGCCGGGGCCGAGGGCGCCGAGUCAGCCACCCCCCGGGCCAAGAAGGCGGACGACAAGGCCAAGCGGGCCAAGGGCAAAGGCCGGGGCUCUGCCAAGGCUGAGAGUGACAAAUGUCAGAGUGCAGGGCCCAGCCAGGGGUCAGGAUCUGCAGUAGAUGAGCACCAGGACAAUGUCUUCUUCCCCAGCGGGAGACCACCUCACCUGGAGGAGCUGCACACACAGGCCCAGGAAGGGCUCCGCUCCCUACAGCACCAAGAAAGACAGAAACUGAGCAAGGGUGGCUGGGACCAUGGAGACACCCAGAGCGUCCAGUCCUCUCGGACGGGGCCGGAUGAAGACACCAUUUCCUUCUGCAGUCAAAAGUCGUACAUGACUGAGAGCUCUACAGCGGAAGAUGCUCUCUCUGUCCGCUCAGAGAUGAUCCAGCGCAGAGGCUCCACCUUCAGACCCCAUGACUCAUUUCCCAAAUCUGGAAAAUCAGGGCGGCGACGGAGGGAGCGGAGGAGUACGGUGCUAGGGCUGCCUCAGCAUGUGCAGAAGGAACUUGGCCUGCGGAAUAAUCGUGAGGCUCCAGGCACUCCACAGCCUCCUGGUCCACGGGAUGCUGUCCGCAUUCCCACAGUGGAUGGUCGUCCCCAGGGCCUGGCUUUAGGGACAGGGGUCCGGGUGUCCCUGCAGGCUCUGGAGGCAGAAACAGAGGCUGGCACUGAUGCAGAGACCAUACUACAACGCCACAUUGACCGUGUUUACCAUGAUGACACACUUGUUGGCCGAUCUACAGGAGCCCGGCCACCACCAUUGACUCGGCCUAUGUCUCUUGCAGUGCCUGGACUGACAGGAGGGGCGGGACCUCCAGAGCCACUGAGUCCAGCCAUGUCUAUCUCACCCCAGGCCACCUACUUGUCCAAGCUGAUUCCACACGCUGUGUUGCCACCCACAGUGGAUGUGGUGGCUCUGGGCCGUAGCAGCCUGCGCACUCUGAGCCGCUGCAGCCUGCUGUCUGCUAGUCCAGCUUCUGUUCGCUCACUGGGCCGUUUCUCCUCAGCCUCAAGUCCACGGCCCCGCAGCCGACAUGCUUCCUCAUCCAGCGACACCUGGAGCCAUUCUCAAUCCUCUGAGACCAUUGUGUCUGAUGGGUCCACUCUCUCCUCUAAGGGGGGCUCUGAGGGCCAGCCAGAGGGCUCUGUAGCUAGCAAUAAUGUGGCACCCCCUCCUCCAGGGGGUAGUGGGAGAGGAUCUCCCAGUGGGGGCAGCACUGCCGAGGUCUCAGACACAGCCAGCAUCCGCAGCAGCGGGCAGUUGUCUGGCAGGAGUGUGUCCCUGCGGAAGAUGAAACGGCCUCCCCCGCCUCCCCGCCGAACUUACUCCCUCCAUCAGCGGGGCUCAGCAGUACCCGAUGGGCCCUUAGGGCUGCCACCCAAACCUGAGCGGAAGCAGCAGCAGCCGCAGCUACCCCGGCCACCCACCACAGGUGGGUCUUCAGGGGUGGCAGCAGUGCCCUCCUGUCCACCCAGCUCAGCAGGCAGCUGGGGCUCUGGCUUGUCUCCAGGUGGCUCCAGGCGCCCCCCACGUUCUCCAGAACGGACACUUUCACCUUCCAGUGGAUACUCAAGCCAAAGCGGUACCCCAACUCUCCCUCACAAGGGUCUGGCAGGUGCCCCUGCUUCCCCAGGCAAGGCUCAGCCCCCUAAACCAGAUCGAGUGACAUCCCUUCGAUCUCCUGGGGCCUCUGUGUCCUCUUCCCUCACAUCUCUGUGUUCCUCUUCCUCAGACCUUACUCCCUCUGACCGCUCUGGCCCACAGAUGUCCACCCCCUUGGGUGACAGAUUUGUCAUACCUCCUCAUCCUAAGGUGCCUGCCCCUUUUUCUCCACCACCUUCCAAGACCAAGAGCUCUAACCAAGCUGUCCCUGUUGUGGCUACCCCUGCUGUAGCUACCCCAGCUCUGGCUCCUGGGCCCGUUUCUACUAUUGACACCAGUCCUGCUGCAUCCCCUUCCAGGCCUCAGACAACCCUGACUCCACCCCAGGAGUCUUCCAUUGCCCCCAAAGACCAGUCACCCCCGCCAUCUCCACCUCCAUCUUAUCACCCACCUCCACCGCCUAGUAAGAAGCCCGAGGUGGUUGAGGAGGUCCCACCUACUCCAGAGGCGGCUGAGGAGUCCAUCCCAGAUUCCAGCUGGCCACCACCACCACCACCCGCACCUGAGGAACAGGACCUGUCCAUGGCUGACUUUCCCCCGCCUGAGGAGGUCUUCUUCUCUGCAGGCCUGGAGCCUGGCCCUCUGGAGCCCCGCAGCUCCCCGGCUGCCACCCCUUCAGCUGUUAGCUCAUCCCAAGCCUCACCCCAGCAUACCCAAAUCCCUCCACCAGCUCCACCCGCUCCACCUCCAGCUCCAGCUAGUUCUGUGUCAGAACCUUUGGCCAAGCUCCCUCAGAAGGACUCUGUGGGCAGGAACAGUGGGGCUCCCAGGGAGGAUGCUGGCACACCUCUGGUCACACCCUCACUCCUGCAGAUGGUACGGCUCCGCUCUGUGGGUGCUUCCACGGGGGCUCCAAGUUCACCUCCAGGGUCAUCAGCUCCACAGAAGCCACUUCGGAGAGCCCUGUCAGGGCGGGCCAGCCCGGUGCCUGCUCCCUCCUCUGGGCUGCAUGCUGCCGUCCGACUCAAGGCCUCCAGCUUGGCUGCCACUGACAGCCCUGCAAGUACCCCGCCCAUUGGACCACCAGAGGCAGAGCCAAGGUCUCCACAAUCGCCUGCCUCCACGGCUAGCUUCAUCUUCUCCAAGGGCACCAAAAAACUGCAGCUCGAGCGGCCUGUGUCCCCCGAGGCCCAGGCUGACCUCCAGCGGAAUCUGGUGGCUGAACUCCGGAGCAUUUCAGAGCAUCGGCCCUCUCAGGCCCAGAAGAAGCCUUCCAAGGCUCCCCCACCUGUGGCCCGAAAGCCCUCUGUGGGAGUCCCUCCUCCCUCCCCCAGUUUUCCUAGGCCUGAGUCUCUUACUGCUCCAGCCACCAAUGGGCUCCCUCACGCUGAGGACAGGACUAAGGGGGAGCUGGCCGAGAACGGAGGUGUGCAGCUGGCUGGUACAGAGAAGAUGCCCCGCCCUGGUUCAGAUCCGUAGAAGAGACUGGUCUGACCAUCAUCCACUGGCACUGCUGACCCAUCCCAGGAAUACAAUCUCUCAGGGACCUGAGCAGCUCCAGGGAAGAGAGGAUAUGGCAUACAGCCUAAGAAAGAGUGCCUGCAGCCUUAAUCUCCACAGCCUUCCAUGUUUAUGCAAGCCUGGUGUUGCCCAUCCUCCAAGUCACCCCUCCCUCAUGCCUUCUGAAAGGAUUCACCUCCAGCAGCCUGUCAGCCUUGGCCUUAGCCUCAUCUUGAAGGUAGCUGGUGGGAGUGGGUGACUGUGCCCCCACCUCCGCCCAAGGCCACAGAGGUGGGAGCAGAACAUGUUUAUUUUGUUUCAUGUCGGGAAUCAUGUAUAUUGUAGUCCAGAGUCAAAGCACUUUGCAAAGUGGCUGUGUGUGCAUCCUCCAGGACUCAUGAAACCACAUUCCAAGAGCCUGUUUACACACUGGCAGCACCAGUCCUUGGUAGCCAGCUCCAGCUGGGACCAGUCUGUCCAUUCUGCCAGUCCAGUCCACUUCUUUCCUUAGUUCUUGGAGAUGGGCAAGUCAUCUCCACAGGCUUCCCAGGCCGGUGGCAGGAGUGAGGCUGUGGAAUUUCCAAAGCACAAAAGGCACAGACGGCGGGGCUAGCCUUCCUGUGCCUCACCUUACCACACAAACCACUCUCCUGCCUUCCAGUUCCGUCAGGUGCUCCUCUUUAUAAGGAGGUUCAUGGAUGAGGGGAGGAAGAAGCAGAGGUCUGUGGGCACUGUGCACUAAGAAACCAAAAAGCAGACCAGAGCAGGUAGCCAUCUGGGAUCUUGGCAUGCUGGGUACCUGUCCUGUGACACUUGAUUGGGUCUGGGUGG